AUGUUAGACGUUGAAAUCAAUCCGGCAUUUUUCAGUGGGCCGCUUCUACCGGAGUUACUACGCCGAGUUAUGGAGUAUCUCUGUGAUGAUCUCACUUCUCUGCGAUCGGCAGCCUUGGUGAACAAGUCCUGGGCUGCGGAAGCCAUCAGUGUCCUUUGGCAAAAGCCGCCGGUGGCAGCUUUGGCCGCGAGCCUAGCUCACCACCGCCAAUUCUACGCGCGUCAGAGUUCCCAAGCUAAAGCGCCUGACAAUCGACUUAGCGUUUUGAUCGAUUAUGCAUUCGAGGGAAUAAACACCGACCGCCUAAUAAAAUUCUUUGACGGUUGCAGAUCUCUAAGAUCAAUUCGUCUUCCAUCUUUUAUGGACGCCUUCGUCGACGACCAGAUGCUUGCCUAUCUUGCCCGUCAUAAUGGUCUGGAGGACUUGGAACUGGGAAAGACCAUCACUUAUGAGAUGAUUGAGAGGGCCAUGGAUGGGGUAGAGGCUCCUUUUAAGUCUAUCCGGCGCCUCACAGUUCAAUUGAAAUCGAAAGCAGUCGAACCCCUCACUGCAGCCAUCAAAUCUGCUACUAAUCUUGUACUUACCGUUGACGAUAACGAACUGAGCCCUUUGCCACUGGUUAGGUCACUCACCAAGCUGACCGAACUUGAGAUUGCAUUUUGCCAGGACGGAAUUUGGCCGGCCACAGACCUACUUGCACUCAAGGAAUUGAAGAAUUUACGCAGACUGUGUAUAUCUUCAUUCGAGGACCCCCCAGCGUUCCCCGCACUCACAGACCAAGAGUUCAUCCAGGUUUUCGAGGAUAUGCGUGGCCUUCAGGACUUGGUAUUCCAGGUCCAGUGCAAAUUGUCAAUAGUAGCGAUCACUUCGCUAGGAACGCAUUGUCGUGAACUUGAAUCUUGUGAGAUAUUUGGCUCGUAUGACUUGCGUGGCUGGUCAACCAUCGAACGACCGCUCUUUCCACACUUAAGGCAGCUUGAACUCGGAGCUGCAGUGCCUGCUGAGCGAGUAUCAGAGUCAUCCUCAAUGACUACACAUGCCCAGGUGGUCGCACAGCUAAUCGUGGAGCAUGCGCCAAACCUGGAAGAAUUUUAUCUACAGGAUCAUGAUGAGUUUUCCAACCAGGUGGUGGCAGCAUUCAAAGCCCAGACUGGGAACAAAUACAACUCAUAG